UUGAAAUUCCCAAUUCGCGCGAGCUUCAGAUCGAUCAACGCAUCAUCGAUCAUGGGAUUCGAGAAGGAAGCGAGCUCCUCCUCCUAUGGCCUCCCUUCCCUCCCCGCCGACGAGCCCUCCACCGGCCCUCUCCUCGCCCCUCACCCUUCCUCCCUCCCUCCUCUCUCCUCCCAACCCAAGACCUUCGCCAACGUCUUCAUCGCCAUCGUCGGCGCCGGCGUCCUCGGCCUUCCUUACACCUUCAUGCGCACUGGAUACCUUGCCGGCGCUCUCAUGCUCAUCAUCAUUGGCGCUCUCACCUACCACUGCAUGAUGCUCAUCGUCCACACCCGCCGCCGCCUUGAUCUCGACCGUGGCUUCUCCAAAAUCGCCUCAUUUGGUGAUCUCGGCCUCGCCGUUGCCGGCCCCGCCGGCCGCCUCGCUGUUGAUUCUAUGAUCGUGCUCAGCCAAGCUGGGUUUUGCGUCGGUUACCUCAUCUUCAUCGCCAACACCCUCGCCCAUCUCUACCCCUUCUCGCCGAUCCUCGGCGUUCUCAAACCCAAGGUCGUCUCCAUCUUGUCCAUGCUUCCUUUCCAGCUCGGCCUCAAUUCUAUCAAAACCCUAACGCUGCUCGCCCCGCUCAGCAUCUUUGCCGACGUCGUCGAUAUCGGCGCCAUGGGCGUGGUUAUCGUCGAAGAUCUACUCACCUACUUCCACGAUCGUCCUGAUCUCGUCGCCUUCAAUGGCGGCAUCUCCGUCGUUCUCUACGGCCUCGGUGUCGCCGUUUAUGCCUUCGAAGGGAUCGGCAUGGUCCUCCCUCUCGAAUCCGAGGCUGCCGAUAAGCCCAAGUUUGGCCGUACCCUCGGCCUUUCCAUGGGGUUGAUCUCCAUCAUGUAUGCCCUCUUCGGAGCCUUCGGCUACUUCGCGUUCGGUGACCAGACGAGAGACAUCAUCACUACCAACUUGGGCGGGGGUCUCAUCUCCGAGAUCGUUCAGCUCGGGCUUUGCAUUAAUCUCUUCUUCACCUUCCCAAUCAUGAUGAAUCCCGUCUUUGAGGUUGUGGAGAGGAGAGCAUUCGGUAAAAACUACUGCUUGUGGGCACGCUGGGUUCUUGUUCUUGUUGUAUGCCUGGUGGCGCUCUUCGUCCCCAACUUCGCUGACUUCCUAUCGCUCGUCGGCAGCAGUGUGUGCUGUGUGCUUGGAUUUGUGCUCCCUGCUGCAUUCCAUCUCAAGGUGUUCGGUGAGCAGAUGGGAUGGAUUGGUAUUACAUCGGACAUCGCCAUUGUAGUCAUUGGCAUUGUGUUUGCAGUCUCUGGGACAUGGUCGGCACUGCUUGAGAUUUUCUUCUCUCAAGAACAAAUUGGUAGGCUUUGAUGCUGAAGCAGAGUUCUCUCUCUAUCUGCUCACACUGAUUAGGGUACUGGGAAUGGUGUGCCUGGUUUUCUCAUUCACAGUUUCACAGAUCAAAGUGAAGCUGUCUGAAUGAGAGGAUGGACUUAGGCUUCCUACAUGCAAUGGAAUUGAGGUACAUUUAUCUUUUAUCAUCGUCCUCUUCCUUUCAGAAUGGAACUCGAUUGAAGUAUAUAUAUAUAUAUAUAUGUGCAGAAUUUGAUCAAUGAUGAAUAAAUUAGAGUGAUUUGUCUACUCUUGAACCAAGAUUGCUUGGUUUUAAGGAACUCUGGUUUAGUGGUCAUAUGAAAUAAUGAAGGAUUUGUUUUGCUGUUCUGGUUUUGUUUUCAUUGUCAAUUGGUUGUAUUUGUCGAAUAUUUAAUGGUUCUUGGUGUUAUAUUUAAUUUAAACUUGAGCUAGAGAUAUGAGUAUCUAGAGUGUGUUUCGUCUGAACUCUUUUGUUGAAGGAUUCCUUUCCUCGGAAUUCUUUCGAUCCAAACAUUUGAUUGAAAUUAUGUUUUAACUAUGCGGGUUAUUGGAUUAGAUGUGGCAGAAGUUUGUGGAUUUGAAUUCUUUGUGACA